UCGGAGUGGCAGCCCUGAGGACUGGCCUUGAGUAUGGAGCCUCUGGAGACACCGGUCAAGGACGGAAUCCUCUACCAGCAGCAUGUCAAGUUUGGCAAGAAGUCCUGGCGGAAGGUGUGGGCGCUGCUGUACGCAGGAAGCCCAUCAGGUGUGGCCCGGCUGGAAAGCUGGGAGGUCCGGGAUGGUGGCCUGGGGCCAGCAGGUGACAGGUCUGUGGGGCCUGGCCGGCGGGGGGAGCGGCGGAUCAUCCGCCUGGCUGACUGCGUGUCUGUGCUGCGAGCUGAUGGUGAGAGCUGCCCCCGGGACACCAGUGCCUUCCUGCUUACCACCACUGAGCGAAGCCACCUGAUGGCCUCACAGCACCGCCAGGAGUGGAUGAACUCCAUCUGCCAGCUGGCCUUCCCGGGCACAGGGGAGUGCUCUUCAGGAUCAGGGGAGGCAGAGGCUCCCAAGAGGGACCUGGUGCCCAUGGAGGAGAACUCCAUCUACUCCUCCUGGCAGGAAGGGGGUGAGUUUCCAGUGGUGGUGCAGAGAACCGAGGCUGCCGCCCGCUGCCAGCUGAAAGGGCCCUUCGUCCUGGUGCUGGGCCAGGACGCCAUCCAGCUGAGAGAGUCCUCCAGCCCCCAGGCUCUCUAUACCUGGCCCUACCGCUUCCUUCGCAAGUUCGGCUCAGACACAGGUGUGUUCUCCUUUGAAGCUGGCCGCCGUUGCGACUCAGGUGAGGGCCUCUUCGCCUUCAGCAGCCCCCAUGCCCGUGACUUGUAUGCAGCCGUGGCCAUUGCCAUUGCCCGCCAACGGGAUCAGCUACCAGGUCUGGCAGGAGCCCAGCCUUGCCCGCUGCCUCGGGCUAUCUCCCUUCCCUCACUGGACCCCCCAGGAGAGCUUCAGGAGCUGCCACCUGGACAUGAACCACCCAGCUCCUGGAGAGUGCGCCUGGCUGACCCAGGCCCACAGAGCCUGCCCUUGAUUCUGAGCACAGAGCCCCUCGAAGAACCAGCAGCUGGGCUCUAUGCCUCUGUGUGCAAGCAGGCUAGUGGACCUCCAGGCCCUGAGCACUUCUAUGAGAACCUAUGGAGGCUGGAGGCUGGCCCUGUGCCACCCAACAGUGGGGUGCCCGCUCAGGAAGGCUCCAGCAGCCGAAGUCCCCUGGCCAGCCCCAUCUACCACAAUAGUGAGGACCUGAGCUGGCCCAACCCAGCUAACGACAGCACCCUAGAGGCCCAAUACCGGCGGCUGCUGGAGCUGGAGCUGGCCGACAACAGUGAGGAGAGUGGGGGUUCCAGUCGCCCUGGGUUGCAGAUGGGCUUCAAGGCCAAGCUGGUGACACUGCUGAGCCGAGAGAAGAAGAAAGGUCCAGUGCCCUGUGACCGGCCCUGACCACCUUGGUGGCCUGGCAGAGGGAGAUAAAGGUGCUGUCCCUGGGAUAGGAGGGUGGGCAAAGGAUGGACAUCUGGUGACAAACCCCACUUCCACUGGGGCCUUCGGGCAUGUGGCAGGCAACCCUGCUAAGCUCCUUCCCCCCACCAUGUAUAGAGUAGAUGUGCUGAUA